GCGAUGCCAAGUCAACCCUUUCGGAUAGCGACCGCGCCUAUGCGGUGGGGUAUAUAGAGGGCUCUUUAUCGCACUUGCGCAUCCAACAGAACAUCAACAACACCGUCAAGAACAUGGGCAAGCUACCACGCCACAUCUCCCAGUUCCUCCGAGACCAGCUGCUGUGGACGCGAUCUCAGGUGCAAAAGAACCCCAACGAUCGAUACUGGAAAGCAGUCGGGCUGGUCCAGGCUCAGUUCGAUGGUUUGGUUCAGGGAUACCGUGCGGCUGACGGCAAACAAGACACGGCCCACUGUGAGUUGGGAUUGGCGUAUAUCAAUUCGAACAAUGAAGUUGGCGAUUUAAAGGCGCACUGGCUGCAAGAUCCCACGGACGGCGUGCCUUCGCGCAAUAAGUUUGAUAAAGAGGUAACUACCGAACUGCCUGUGUUGUAUUGA